AUGGUGUCACUGGACCAAAUGAAUUGUUUUAAGCAGCACAUCACCGGGUCACAGUUGUGUCAAAUCGACACCACCGAAGAAUGCAUUUAUUGGCAGAAGUACUUUGCAAGCAAGAGCGAGCAGGAAGAACCAUUGCGGCUACAAAUCGCGCCUUCCGCAUAUGCCAUGUGGAUUCCAUGGUGGACGAUGGGACCAAAGAGAGACAAUCCCACUGGCAACAGGAAACUACGGGCGGAAGGCACGCCUGCCGGCAGUCGCAAUUACUGCUAA